UAUAGGCCCUGCAGUAAGAGGAGUCUACUGACCGAGGGAACCAUCGACCAUAACAAUGACAACAGGCUAUCCGAUUCUAAUAUUUACAUUUUUUUUUGGAGCGCCCUUGUUUUGCGUACUGGCAUCUCAAGUAGUACAACUUGAGCCCAUCAAUAGUGAACCACCGGUAACGUCUUUGGGAUGUCAUAGACGAUUGUAUUCCUACAAAGUGACCCAAACUGACUCCUUAGGACACGAGUGUUGGGACUAUGUGAGCGUAUGGUCAUGCUGGGGAAGGUGCGACUCUAGUGAGAUUUCAGAUUGGAAAUUCCCUUACAAACGUUCAUUUCAUCCUGUUUGCGUUCACGCCCAACGCCAGCCGGCAACAGCAAUUUUAAAAAACUGUCAUCCUGAAGUUCACGAAAGCACCAACAAGUACCAAUAUAUGGAGGCGGUUAAGUGCCAUUGUCACACUUGUUCCACACAGGACACUAGUUGCGAAGCUCCGGCAAACAACAUAAUGGACCGUAAGGUACUUACGCUUACUGGGGUAGAUUCUGAUGAUCUAGACUACUAGAACUGAAAAUAAAUUGAAUAUGAGUGCAUUAUAAGGUAGCACAGAAUAGGAGGAGGGUGUUUAGUAUAAAUAUAACAUGGCUUACUUAAAUAAAAGCAUGUUCACAA